CGCAAAAUGUCGACUGCUGUGAAUACUAGAGACGAAUAAUUCUAACAAAAAUGGAAGAAAAUCCGUCAAACGAUACAAAAUAUUCUGCGAAAAGCACAUUUAAAGACAUCCUCAUAAAUGCCAAUAAUGAUGACGUCAUCAUCCCUACAAGUGCCACGUUCGACAAAGUUGUAUUACAUAUAGGCAUUGGAAGCAGGUCCGGUGUUACCAUAGAAAAACCUCCUGUGAAACAUGGUAAGGCGCUAAUUUCUUCAGUAGAAUUUGCUACCCGAAAAUUCAAGAAAAGCUUUUACAAAGGAGAUAACAAAGGUCUAGAUGUCACAGGAAAAGAACGUGGAGACUUCCGGAAACCUGUUGUCGAGUCUGACGAAAAGUUUCGUAAAGACAUGCAAAAUGAAACAGACGUCGAAAGAAUUAUGUCUCAGCUUGCCAGCUCCUUCUAUAGCGAGGCUCCACUGGAAACUAAAAAAGCUAAAGAAGUAUUGUCAGAAACUGGACUAACUGAACAGGUAUACUUAGAAAACACUAAAAAAGACAAUACUAGAGCAAACAUACGAGAUGAAGUCGCAAUGUUGAAGACAUGCCCGCCAUACCAAAUUGAGAAAUAUAUAUUGAUUGCGAGAGAUAAUGAAAAUUGUUUUGCUGAAAUUGGACAUAACGACCGGGAAUACGUUUCAGAAGUUGUAAUGCUACCGAAUAAAGAAAAGAUUGACAGUCCACUUUACAAUAAUUAUGAUCUAGUCAUUAAAGAGUUGAAAGAGAGAAAUGAUGGACUCAGGAACAAGAAAGAUGAUGCAAGAGAUCUAUAUACUGAAUAUUUAGAGCGUGUAAACACUAAAACAGAGGUUAAGACAGUGGAUAUGGUCAAUGUCAAACCUGAAAUAAUAGAAAAGUUCGCAAUGCCAACAGUAGUUCAAGAGAAAAAUGACAGUCUUCGAUUGGAAAGUCCUAAAACCAAAUGUGAUAUCACAUCAUGUGAUUACAUUUCCUACCAAGAAGAAAGAGCACCAGACGAUGAAAGUGAUGCAUCUGACCCGACUGAAAACACAGAUGACGAAUUGACAGACACUGAUACACUUGAGACAGUUGUGCACAAGAAACCUCCUGAUCCACUGUCAGAUAGCGAAACAAGUAUCACAGUGAUUCACUUUGAACCAGAUCAGAUAAAGUCAGACCGAGAUACUAGCAAUGACACUCAAGAUACUAGUAUAGCAUCGGAUUCUGAUGGUGCAAGUACAGAAUACACAACAACAGAUGAUGAACUAUAUGACAGUGAUACGCUUGAUGAUGUUUCAGAUAUUGAAUUUGAUGACGACAUCGCAGACAUAAAGGGAUUAGAUAAUGAUAUUGUAGAUACUAAAGAAUUAGAUGAUGACAUCUUAGACAUCGAAGCUAUAGAUCUCCAAGAUCAAGGUGAAGUUGAUAUAACAGCAACUUGGAAUGAUAUCUCUGAUACACCUACUAACGACAACGACUUGUAUGACGAUGAUGAUAACCUGUUUGGCAUCUUGAAUGUCUAUAUAGAGAGUGAGCUACACUUUGACCAUAGCAAAAUACCUGUUGCUGAACAUUGUGAACAGAAGAUAGACUUUGGAUAUAAAUAUUUCUCAUUUUCAACUUUCUUUAACUAAGAAAUAAAUAUGAGAAAAAUCGAAUGAUACUUGUUCAACAAAUCGCUUUUUGUUUUUAUUGAUACAGAUAAUGUAUGUUUUUUUCUUCUUCGCAUUGGUACAACAAUGCAAUGAUUAACAUG